UUUUCUUGACUGUUAAAAAAAUAAUAAAUAAUUUCAAAUAUUAUUUUGAAUUUCAAAUUGAAUAUAAUAUACUUUAGAUUUUCAUCUUUUAGUUUUAGUUUCUACUUCUAUCAAUAUCAAUGAACAGUGUGUUUAAAUACUUAAUUUUGUAUUUUUUUUCCUGUUUGAAUUGUGUAACAACAUAACGUGUUUAAUAAGUUGCCUGCAUAUAAUGUAUACCUAGAUGUUUAAUAAAUAAUAAUUAUGACUACUGAUAUUGAAUGCUUGAAAUGGAAUACAACAAGUUUCAAACCAUCCAACGUUUUGGACCAUACAGAAUACACUUUAGCGCUGAAACCGUCACAUUGGUUAAAUCUGAAGACAAAGGGCCACUCAAUGAAACUGUCAUAUUUAGGACUAACACAAAGAUUAGCAUCUUUAGACAAUCUGAAUAAUUUAUAUGUUUAUGAUUGGUCCAAAGCUGAUUUAAAAACUAUAAAGACAAAAUAUGAACAUAAUAGUAAACUUACAAGUUUGACGAGCAAUUCUUUAGGAAAUAAAAUAGUUACAUGUUCAGAUAAUGGAAAAAUUCAAAUAUGGAACCAUAAGUUGUCAAGCUGGAAGAUUUUAGCUGAAUUCAGAGGUCAUUAUCAGUGUGUACGGAAUGUUCAGUAUUCCGUUGACAAUAAUUAUUUAAUAUCUUGUUCAAAUGAUAAAACAUUUAAAAUAUGGGAUUGUCAAUCUAAUAAGUUUUUAGCUAGUAAUAUGUUUCAUCGUAAUUGGGUGAACAUAGCAAAGUUUUUCAAAGAAGACAAACUCGUUGUUUCCUGUUCAAGAGAUUCGUAUGUACAAGUUUUUGAUUGUUGUUCUGGAAAAUGUGUUGCAAAAUUCAAUUUGAGUCCAGAUUUUGCAGAAUCACUUUCACUAAAAGAAGAGUUCUCAAUAGCGGUGGGUACAAACCAAGGGUCUGUACAAAUUUUUGAUUUGAGAGCUUUAAAAGUUUUACAAAAAUACAAUGAACACACAAGUCAAGUAAAUUGUGUUCAAUUUCAACAUAAGACUCCGUGUUUGGUAUCCGUUUCAAAAGAUAAAAAAUUAAAUGUUUACGAUACUAAUGAAGGGAGAUUUUUGUAUUCAAUUGAUCACUUCAAUGAAAUAAGAUCAAUGAAUAUUUCCUUGGACGAUAAAUUACUUGCAACAACAUCGUUUCAUUUUGAAAAUGAGAUUACUUUAUGGACAACUGAGACUCUGUAAUUUUAAAGGUUUAAUACAUUUCACGUUUUAAUAUUUAUAUGGUAUUUUGUUAAUUUUUUGUGUACAUAUAUAUUUUAUUUAUUUAUUAAAAUAUUAGAUACUUAAAAAAAUUGUGUCUUAUUUUAUAUUAAAUAUAGUAUAACAAGUAUACAAUUAGAUAAACAAAAUGAAACUGGGUAAAAAAUAAGAAAUCAUUUUGUACCAUAUAGCAAACUUUGAAACUAGUUUUUCAUUUUAAUUUCAAAUUUCCCUCCAUACGCUUGUCGGUGACUUUGCCGAUGAUAAAGCUAUCUUAGCCUCUAGUUCUGAUCCUCAUCUAGCCUCUAGCUAUAUUCAGGACCACCUUCACCUUCUCCAAGCCUGGUACAAGGAAUGGGGAGUUAAAAUGAAUGAAUCUAAAUCGAUCCAUUGUACUUUUACGCUUCGGCAAGGAGUGUGCCCGACCCUCCUCCUUAACAACCAACCCCUCCCCACUGCCCAAUGUGUACGCUACCUUGGAGUCAACAUCAACCGUCGACUUACCUGGUCAACUGACAUUAAAAAUAAAACUCGAACGCUGAACGAUCGUUUUCGUCUUCUUCGGCCAUUCUUAACUUCUAAAAAUAUCAAACUACCUACUAAAUUACUGCUGUAUAAACUACUACUCAGGCCCAUCUGGUCCUAAGGUUUGCAACUAUGGGGCUCAGCCAAAGUAUCAAAUACAAACCGUAUACAAAGGUUUCAAUCCAAAGUCCUUCGCGUCAUCUCCAAAGCUCCCUUCUAUGUUUCAAAUGAUACCCUUCAUUCUGACUUCAAUUUACCCACCGUCACUGAACUAGCCAAGCUCCACUAUAAACGAUUCAAUAACAAGUUAACACAUCAUUCGAAUCCCCUUAUUGUCCAACUAUCAUCUGCAACUAUUCCAGGAAAUCCCCACAAAAGAUUAAAAAGGCAAUGGUGUCGUGACCUACUUUUAUAAUUUAAAAAAAAAAAAAUGUAUCUACAACUUAUAUGAUCUUUGUUACUUAACUAUUAUGUAUUCACGCACUAUCACUAUUAUUAAUAUUAUGCUAGGACUAAUACCUUAAAUUUAAAUUAAUAUUCAUGUUGAAGUACCUCCGAUGGGAGGUCUCUUCCCUCAGUCUCUUCUGUCUGUUUUUUUGUUAUUAUCACUUAAGCUUAUUGUUCUAAUUGUAACAGAUAGCGUAAUAAAGAAUUUUGUUAAAAAAAAAUUUCAAAUUUAAGAUAUUUUUUGUACAUAUAUAUAAAACAAUUAUAACUUAAAAUAUCUAUUUUACCUUAUUUAUUAAUAUUGUGUAAUGUUUAUUUAAAAGUUAAUUUUAUUUAUUUUUUUUUUGUUUAUUUUAUUUUAUACUGUUUAUUUUAUUUUACACUAUACAACUUAUAUCAUUAUUAUUAUUACUGUUAUACUAUGCGCUUGACACGAAUAAAAAAAAAAAUAAAUAACUUAAAAUUAUCUAGUUGCUUCAAGAUUAUAAUUUUUAAACCAGUGAUCUGUAUUUUUUAUUUUGUUAACAAAACUGUUUGAACAUGAAUAACAACUAUUUUUGAAGAAUAAAAGUGUGCUGAAUUAUUAAAAUUACUAAGCAAAUCUUAAUUAAAAUUGUUUUCAUCAAAUGCAUUCAUCUUUCAUAAAUUAAAUUUGAUGUUUUAGUAUUAUAAAUUAAUUACUAUUUACUUAUAAUUAUAUUUCCAUUGCAAUGAUAGACGUAAACCUACACAGUACCUAUCUAUACACACCCAUAUUGGUUAUUUUUACCACAUAUAUUUCGCUUAUAAAUCUCAGACAAGAAUACCUAUCGUACUUAGUAGCUAAUAUUUUUCGAAAGAAAUCCUAAUACUCAAUAGUUUAUAGCACUUUUUAUAGGUAGUUAAUAUUUACCUAAAAUAUAGUCUAUUUAGUAUUUACCCUUCACCUGUCUUCAAUUUAAGUUCUAAAAUGUUAGAACAUUUAUUUAUAUCCAGUAUCCACUUCAAUAACUGCCACGGUUUUCAUAAAUUUCAUAUAAAUUCUAAAUUAUUAAUAUAAAUAUUUUUUUCUCAUCUCCUGUCACAUAGGUUCCAUAAAAAAAGAAGUCUAUAACAGAACUGAGUAACAAUUUAUCAAAACUUGUGUCCCACACCAAGAUUUUUUUUAAAUUAUUGCUAGGAGUCAACAGGAUUUAAAUAUUUACUUGGUAUUGCUGUAAUACACUUUUUCAAUUCAUAUUUAUUGUUAAUGGUAGUCUUAAUCUUAGUUCAUGGAAUAUGGUGAUAUUAAGUUCAAAAUUAUUUAU